AUCCAUCCCACGUCUAUACGGGUCCCCAACAUCACAACAGCGCACAGCAGUGGUUAUGAAACGGAGGCAGUGUGAACCCAACAUAGCUACUAUAACAGAUCCUUCCUGCGGCGAAUGGGUAUUGACAAUUUCUGCAGUUUGGACGGUUCUGAUCCAUUUUGGGAUUGGAACCGGACAUGGCAAACACACAAUCCAGACCUGACACCAUGUUUCCAGAACACAGUGCUGGUUUGGAUACCAUGCCUCUACCUCUGGCUGUUUGCACCGUUAUACAUCCUAUACCUCAAAAGAAAUGACCGUGGAUACAUAUGCAUGACCCACCUCAACAGAGCCAAAACAGCUAUUGGGUUUACCCUAUGGCUUAUCUGCUGGGCAGAUGUUUUCUACUCUUUCUGGGAAAGAAGCCAUGGUGCUACAAUAGCCCCAGUCUACCUAGUCAGCCCCACAAUGCUUGGCGUUACAAUGUUGCUGGCUACGUUCUUGAUCCAGUAUGAGCGGAUGAAGGGGGUCCAGUCCUCAGGGGUGAUGCUCAAUUUUUGGCUGAUCACCAUAGUGUGCGCUACAGUCACCUUUCGCUCCAAGAUUCUGCAUGCAUUGAAUGAGCCUGCCAGUGUGAAUGUGUUCAAAUAUACCACUUUCUACAUAUAUUACACCAUGCUGCUCAUCUCCCUGAUCCUGGCCUGCUUGUCCGACCAGCCUCCGCUCUUUUCACAGGCUGUCAGAGACUCGAAUCCAUGUCCAGAGUCGGGAGCUUCAUUCCUGUCCAGAAUCACUUUCUGGUGGAUCACGGGAUUGAUGGUGACGGGUUACAAAAGGCCUCUGGAAGAGAAGGAUCUGUGGUCGCUCAACACAGAGGAUAAGUCUCAAAGAGUGGUGCCUCAGCUGGUGCGCCGCUGGGACCAAGAAUGCAACAAGGUCAAAAGGCCAGUAGAUAAGACGCUCUACUCCCCAAAAAGAUCAGCAGAGGAAGAAAAGAAGGAUGGACAACCAAUUGAAGAGUCAGAGAUUUUGCUUGUGAAAACCCUUAAAAAAACAGGCGACCCUUCUCUCUUCUGCGCUCUCUGCCGAACCUUUGGACCGUAUUUUCUAGUCAGCUCUCUGUAUAAGAUUGUUCAUGACAUCCUGAUGUUUGUUGGGCCGGAGAUUCUCAGGCUACUGAUCCAGUUUGUGAAUGAUUCAAGUGCCCCCGAUUGGCAUGGCUACUUCUACACCACCCUGCUGUUCGUUUGUACCUGCGUGCAAACCCUCAUUCUGCAGAAAUAUUUCCACGUUUGCUUUGUGACCGGCAUGAGGUUACGUACGGCCAUUGUUGGUGCUGUGUACAGGAAAGCCUUAGUCAUUACCAAUGCUGCCCGGCGAACAUCCACUGUCGGAGAGAUUGUGAAUCUGAUGUCUGUAGAUGCUCAGCGUUUUAUGGACCUCAUCACCUAUAUCAACAUGAUUUGGUCAGCACCUUUGCAGGUUAUCCUGGCCCUUUACUUCCUGUGGCAGAAUCUGGGACCUUCUGUGCUUGCUGGAGUUGCUGUGAUGGUGCUAAUGGUUCCUCUAAAUGCAGUCAUUGCCAUGAAAACUAAAACUUACCAGGUUGCCCAAAUGAAAAGCAAGGACAAUAGGAUCAAGCUUAUGAAUGAGGUGCUGAAUGGCAUUAAAGUGCUUAAACUCUACGCAUGGGAACUGGCGUUCAAAGACAAAGUGUCUGCCAUCCGAGAGAGUGAAUUGCGUGUGCUUAAGAAGACUGCUUACCUUGGUGCUGUGUCCACCUUUACUUGGGUCUGCGCACCAUUUUUGGUUGCCCUCUCCACGUUCGCAGUAUAUGUGUUAGUGGAUGAACAUAAUAUUCUGGAUGCACAGAAGGCAUUUGUUUCUCUGGCCUUGUUCAACAUCCUGCGCUUCCCUCUUAAUAUGUUGCCCAUGGUCAUCAGCAGCAUGGUGCAGGCCAGUGUGUCUAUGAAGCGCCUGCGUGUGUUUCUAUCCCAUGAGGAGUUGGAUGAAGACAAUGUGGAGCGGCCAGCCAUCAGUUCAUCUCCAGACAGCAUCAGGAUUGUGGACGGAGCUUUCAGCUGGUGUAAAGACGACUCACCUACUUUGAAGAGGAUUAAUGUGCGUAUUCCUGAGGGGGCGUUUGUUGCUGUGGUAGGGCAUGUGGGUUCAGGGAAAUCCUCUCUGCUUUCAGCUUUGCUGGGAGAGAUGCAGAAGCAAAAAGGAUCUGUCUCGAUUAAGGGCUCUGUGGCUUACGUGCCUCAGCAGGCCUGGAUCCAAAAUGCCACUCUCAAAGACAACAUUUUGUUUGGACGGGACGGAAAAGACAGCUGGUACCAGAAGGUGGUGGAGGCGUGUGCUCUCCUACCAGACCUGGAGAUCCUACCUGGAGGAGACUCGACAGAGAUUGGGGAGAAGGGCGUGAAUCUGUCUGGAGGUCAGAAACAGCGGGUGAGUGUGGCCAGGGCUGUGUACUGCAACUGUGCAGUGUAUCUGCUGGAUGACCCGCUCUCUGCCGUGGACGCUCAUGUGGGAAAACACAUCUUUGAGAAGAUCAUCGGACCUCAGGGGUUGCUACAGGGCAGAACUCGGGUUCUGGUGACGCAUGGGCUGAGCUUCCUGCCCCAGGCUGACCUGAUCUUGGUGAUGGUGGAUGGAGAAAUCACAGAGAUGGGCUCUUACACCGAGCUGCUGGGCAGACAAGGCGCUUUCGCUGAGUUCCUGCAUACCUACACCAACACAGAGCAGGAGGAGGUGGAGGAGUCAGUGGGAGAGGAGGGAGGGGAGACAGAGGACGAAAAAGGGAAAUCUGAAGAAGCAGUCCCACGGAAGGGACUUGAGAAUGGGGGUCCUGCUGCCAUGUUGGGGCAGAGUCUGAACUCUCUCAAUGCAGCAGGCACAGGUAAAACCCCACAGAAAACUGAACCUAAUGAUGUUGCGGCCACAAAGAAGACCAAAUCUGCAGAAGCUGCCCGACUAACUGAGGCUGACAAGGCCAACACUGGCAGGGUGAAGCUGUCUGUGUUUUGGGAGUACAUGAAGGCUAUCGGCUUGCCCUUGUCCAUCUUCAGUAUCUUUCUGUUCUUCUGUCAUCAUCUGUCCUCUCUGGGCUCAAACUACUGGCUCAGUCUCUGGACAGAUGACCCUGUUAUCAACAACACACAGCCCAACAGAGAGAUGCGUUUAGGGGUGUAUGGAGCCCUCGGAAUCUCACAAGGCAUUGCAGUGUUCUGCUAUUCUGUGGCAGUGUCGGUUGGUGGGAUCUUAGCCUCCCGCUACCUGCACCAGACGAUGCUCUACAACAUCCUGAGAUCACCCAUGUCUUUCUUCGAACGCACACCCAGUGGCAAUCUGGUCAACCGCUUUGCCAAAGAGACAGACACCAUUGACUCGGUCAUCCCUAGCAUCAUAAAAAUGUUCAUGGGCUCCAUGUUUAAUGUGCUGGGCUCAUGUGCUGUCAUCCUCAUUGCCACGCCACUGGUAGCCAUCAUCAUCCCACCGCUGGGCCUGUUCUACUUCUUUGUACAGCGUUUUUACGUGGCGUCCUCUCGGCAGCUGAAACGACUGGAGUCUGUGAGCCGCUCUCCUGUCUACACACACUUCAACGAGACACUGCUGGGCACCAGUGUGAUCAGAGCAUUUGGAGAGCAGCAGCGCUUCAUUACAGAGAGUGACGGCAGAGUGGACCACAACCAAAAAGCUUAUUUCCCCAGCAUUGUAGCCAACCGAUGGUUGGCAGUGAGGUUAGAGUUUGUGGGAAACCUUAUUGUGACAUCUGCAGCGCUUUUUGCUGUGAUGGCCAGGGACAGUCUGAGUCCAGGUAUCAUGGGGCUGUCCAUCUCUUAUGCGCUGCAGGUCACAGCAUCUCUGAACUGGCUGGUGCGGAUGUCCUCUGAGCUGGAAACUAGCAUAGUGGCAGUGGAGAAGGUGAAGGAAUAUGGAGACACAGAGAAAGAGGCUGAAUGGAGGUUGGAGCACUCCACUCUGCCUGCUGGCUGGCCGACCGCUGGUCAUAUUGAAAUCCACAACUUUGGCUUGAGAUACAGAGAGGACUUAGAGCUGGCUAUUUCUGAUAUCUCAGUCAACAUUGAGGGAGCAGAAAAGGUGGGAAUUGUGGGUAGGACAGGAGCAGGAAAGUCCUCUUUGACAUUAGGGCUCUUCCGCAUCAUCGAGGCAGCUCAAGGGGAGAUCCGUAUAGAUGGAGUCAACAUUGCUGAGCUGGGCCUGCAUGAGCUACGAUCCAGAAUCACAAUCAUUCCUCAGGAUCCAGUGCUGUUCUCUGGUUCCUUGCGAAUGAAUCUGGACCCCUUUGAUGGCUACACUGAUGAGGAGGUCUGGAGAGCUCUGGAACUCGCACAUCUCAAGAACUUUGUGUCUGGCCUGCCUGACAAACUCAACCAUGAGUGUUCAGAGGGAGGAGAGAAUCUCAGGGUGCUGGUUCUCGAUAAAGGCCAGAUGGCAGAAUUUGAUUCUCCGUCCAAUUUAAUUGCCAAGAAGGGAAUUUUCUACAAGAUGGCCAAAGACUCAGGUUUGGUCUGAUAAGUAGAGGGGCUGAAGAGCCCUCCGUUCAUCUAGGACAUAUCACUGGGUAGAGCCCAUGGAGAGUGGACCUUGUGAGACAUGGACUCUGAAGGUACCUCUUCUGUGGGCCUGGAGCUCACACACAUAGUGUGAACAUGACACCACUCCAUCCUCAGCUACUGUAGCCUUCCGUUUUCAAUCACAUUUUAAAGGUUUCACUGCAAAUGCUGCUUUGAAGGUUGUUUGAUGCCAACAUUUGGGAUGUUUGAAACUAGUUUGAUUUCUUCAUGGCUGUUUUUCUUGUCUGUUUCCAUUUGGAAGACUUCUCACUUUUCCACUAAGCCGCACUUUCCUGUUGAUUGUUAGUAAUGAAAACAAUUAUAUUUGCAUCAUUGCUUCACUAGAAAGAGUAAAGAACAAAGUUUCUCUGAGCAUUGUAACACUGAUGCAGUGAUAAUACUGACCAAACAGCUGCUGGGAAAUCCCUCCAUGAGCAUCAGGUGCUUCAUCCCAAGCCAAAGUUAAUAUUUGAAGGCAUUCUCAUUAUCAAAAAGUUUCCUAAAGAGACACAUUUGAAAAUUCUAGUUUCAUCUCCAGAUAGCCAUUGAUUUCUCUCAUUUAAUCCUUAUUUAUAGUUUUGAGAAAAUCUGUUACAAUAUUUCUUUUUUCACAUAAAAUUAUUUUAUCAUAUAACAUAUUUAUUACUGGGUAUCUCCCACUAAUGGCGACUUAAGCCUCAUCUUACCAAUAUCAUGCAGUAGAGUCUACACUGACCUUCUGUUUUCAUUGGUACUGUAUUUAGUUGGCGUAUUUGAUUUAUGAUCUUUGUUGUUUACUAUUAUUUCUCAGUGAUUAUUUUACCAAAAAUUAUGAAUGCACUUAUUGUUCUGUGUAAAAAAGGUCAAACUAGGGUUAAUAUUUCAGGUUUGGUGGGAGUGAUAUUAUUUUAAAAACAAGUAGGAAUUAUGCUAUAUCACUUUAAGGUCAGAUACACAAAUCAUAGUGGUUCUUUAAAGAACAGGUUAUCAAGUAGAUGGCGUACCUGUUGAACUGUGUGCUUCACUCUGUGUGCUAUAUACCAUAUAUCUGUUGAAUGUACGCUUGAGUGCGCAACGUUGUUUCAUUCAUCAGUACCUCCACUCUAGAUCAUUUAAGCCUUAUGAGGCCAAUCAGUUAAAAAAAAAAAAAAGAACUGACAAAGCCUUAAAAUGAUAAAAAAAAAAAAAAGAUAAAUCUGAUUUGUUACAUAUUUAUAUGAAUUGUAUGUAAGCAUAAAGAUAAAUCAGGCUGAUGUGUAUAGGGUAAAUAUGAAUAAAUUUUUGUAAAGAGCCUUU